UUGUGUUGUCGGCAUUGGACCGUCCAGCACGCACCACACGCACGGCGCGGGAGAGGGUCGCCCAUCUUUCAUGGAUGACGCACCUGCCAGUUGCACGCCUGAUGACGACAGAUCAGCAGAACGGCCACCCACUUGGCCCGCGCGUGGCAACGCCACACCGGUGUCACCGCAUGCCGGACAGCGCGGUUUGCUAGGAGUAUCCCCUUAUGGCAGCCCGGAUGACAUGCGAUCAACAAAGAGGCCUCGUGUUCACUCUCUUUCGCCUACGAUCGUCGUCACUCCCGGCAUUGCAGUUGUGCAUUCUCCGUUGUCGCCCUUGUUGCCGUCUCCAGCGUGUCGUCCAUACACUCCGAUAGACCCUUUGUCGGAUUUCGAUGCGUUGUGUUUUCCUGUGCUGUUGCGGCCAUUGCAACCUCGCCGUUUGCAGUUUCUGUCGUGUGCUGCGCAGCCAUUUCCUCCUCCACUUUUCGUUGGACUCGACGGGUUGGACUCCAUCCCCCUAGAGGGGUGUUCUCAAUCAUCAGCAGCGGUGUUUGGAAGUGGAGGGUCCACACUGCGUGACGGAGGACGUCGGAGUGUAGAACCGUGGGUCUCACAUUCGUUCGCCGCAUCAGGUCAUGGGGAGGGGGGUGUAUUGGAUGAUGCACGUCGUGCCUCUGCCGGGGCCACACAUGACCGUAAUUCCGCCCGUCGCUCUCUAGUCUCCUGGUUCGACGAGGAUGACAUUGUGUGUGGUAGCGGAGAUGGGCCCAGCCGUUGCGAUCUUGGCGCAAAAAAUCUUGGUGCGGGUCCUUCUGAACACUCGGGCGGGUCCUUGGGGCAAUUUGGUUCGCAGUCAACUGGUUCCGCGAAGUACUCUCGUUUGUUCCUGACUACCGCUUGCAAGGAGAGACUGCGCCUUUUACAAUCUGCGAUGAAAGAAGUGAGCGACAAGUCUGGGGUCAUGAGCGAUGUCUUCGACCGACUGUUGCAUUGGUCAUUGCCAACCAUCCGGUCAGAGUUUGGGGACGGUGUGGCGUCGAGAAUCGAGAGAACACUACCGGCCUGCAGUCGUGCAGAUGUGUUUCGUCUCGGAGCAGGAGGGGAUGAUUCGACAGUGGACGCUGAGGAUGAUGGCGAGCGUGAGGGUGAAGGGAGCGGUGGAGGCAAUGGCGGGUCAUUUUGUGGGUCGGAUGAUUCACUACCACGUUCAGGGCACGGGUCACAGCGUGGCCGCAGAUCGCGCGGGCGGCCACCAAGCCGUGGCAGGUCGCGUUCGCGUUUCGAACAUGUACGUCCUUUGUGCUGGGAUGAUUCAAAGGAUGGUGCUUUGCAAAGCAGACCUUGCAAUAAUCGGUCUGCACAUGUGUUGGAAUCGAUGGGGCACUGGGAAGGCUUGAAAGCGCCUGAUGUCGUCUUCGCGGAGCUGGUGAAGCUGCUGCAGUUGCUCGGGUUGUGCGAUUUGAGUUGCCCGCGCCACGGGCCUGGUUGUGCUGUGGAUGUGUCCUAUGUCGGUUAUCCUGGGCAGAUUUAUCGCAUUUCGCUCGCUUGUAAGAAGUCCUGUCAUUGGACAUGGCACAGUGCACUGGUUGUGGGAGCUGUGUACUCUUGCAGACUUCAGCAGCAGUUGUUCCAUGUGACCGUCACUGCGGGUAUGAUAUAUACCGUCCUCAACGACUUCUGCAUCUCGCUUGGGGUGGCACCUGUGCACAAGCCCACUUUUUACAGUUGCAUGCGCGGUGAGCCGAAUGUGUGUGAGGGUUGGAAUGCAAAGGUUGUCAGGCAGGGCAUGCGGUAUUGCGACUUGGCCAUUGACACGGUUAUGCGAUCAGGGAGACCCGUCACUUUGAUGGUUGACGGUCGCUACGACUCGGCCAGGUCUGCGCAGCAUUGCACUUUACCGCAAUUGAGUGUGAUACUCGUCUUGUGUUGGAGCGCCUGGGUAUUGAAUGGCAAGGCACUUAGAAAAGUUGUGACGCUGAAGGUGCCAAAGAAAUUGAACAACCCUCAGCAGUGCGUGUCGGAAUCUCAGUUUAUGCAGUUCACGAAGAAGGAGUUGUUGGAUGCCUUGACGGACCGUUUUGGACCAGGGUGUUUGACGACAAAAGAAAAACGAUUGAAGAAGAGUGACUACGUCGCUGUCGUGAUGAGCAAAAUGUACCCGUACGGCAAUAUGACAAACAACAAAUCCUUGGUCAUGGAUGCAGAUGGUGUGACUGAGUUCCAUAUGCAUGAGGUGGAUCAUUGGUUUCUUCAUGCUUCCCAGGUUUGCAGAGACGAGGGCGGCAAGUUUGUCACUUUGCACAAUGAUGUCAUGAUGAUCGCCGACCAUUGGGCCGAGGACCACUACAGAUGCGUUGCGGACAGAGAGCUUCUAUGCUCAAAGGCGGGUGGCCCAUCUCGGUUGCCUCUGUACACGCACGACGACCCCGUGUACGACAUCAUUCGCCAGACGUUGGGCAGGCAUUGCAGCACGACCGUUUGUUUGUACUACACGGAGUUCCAUCACACGUCGACGGUUGAGACCUUCCAGGGCACAAUCACCAUUUACGCGAAGAAUGUCUUGCACUUCGAGAAGUCGUAUGAGCCGCGUUUGGCUAUUACAGUCAUUCGAUGGAACAGUCAUGCAUGGCAGGAUCCCUUGGAGUAUCAUGUCUGCAGGCCUUCUGGGACUUCAAUUCGUCCAAGGCCGAGCCACUACCGUCACAAUCGACCGCCUACCGAUUCGUGGAUGGAUCGGCUGUCCACGUUCAUCUUCGGUUCAAAAUGCGUUUCAGAUUGGGCUCGACGCCUUCUCGAGUACGACGACUGUGAUGUGUCGGGCGAGGUCGGGUCCUCGACACCUCCUUUGCCUCGGGAUCUUUUUUGCAGAGGCGAGGAUACCAUUGCCCGUGACGAGGACGACAUUGGCUCAGGUGCGGAUCCCGACAUUGUGGGAGAUGACGAUGUUUUCAUCAUUGGCGACGGGGAUGGGUUGCCUGUACCGGCGGAUGCCGUGUCCAAUCGAUCAUGCGAUUCUCUAUCGGACGCAGAUGAUGUCGAGUUGUUCGACGACUUACAUUAUGUUAUGUCGUAGUAUCUUGUACAUGCGACUUUUAUGUCU